AUGAGUGGCCCCUCAGAUAAACCGACCUCUUUUCGCGUGUCGCAGCGUCAGCCCCAGGCGUGCCGAGAAUGCACAAAACGAAAGCGGAAGUGUGAUAAGCAAGAUCCCUGCUCCAGAUGCAACCGACUCAAUUUGAAAUGUACGAUAGAAGUUGUCCACCUAAGGCGCAACACGGUGCAGCAUGGGCCCGAAAUUCAGUUUUUGAGCAGCUUAAUUGAUGACUUGGACUCACUGCCUUCUGAUCAAACAACCCAGCUUGUGCAAAAGAUCAAAAACCGCGUAUUCCGGUUGGAGACUGGGCAAGACCCCGCAGAGCCAGAGGUAUUCAAUGCCGCCACGGCACACCCAGAAGAAACCCCAAACGAGGACCUUCCACCCGAGAGAGCUCCUCUCAGCGGCGCAGAAAACCCAUCGCAUCAAAAUGAGUCAUCACUUCUCACCGCAAUCGAGCAUCUCGCCUGGGGCCGUAACUCCGCCGGAUGCUUUCCACAUAGGACGUGCAAAUGCCCUUAUCGCAAAGAUGGAGUGCGAUUCCAAGCUACCACCAGCCUUCUCCAGGCCGGAGAUUUUGGGGUGGAAGUUAAGCCGAUUUUUCCCAGCCCGAGUGAUGCCCAAAAGUUGGUCAAUUUUCACAUAUGUCAUCUGGCCUGGCAUCACAAUUGCAUCCACAGCCCAACAUUUCUAGAGCAAUGUGAGCGGUUCUGGGAGAAUGGCGAGUUUGAUGACCCCUUGUGGCAAGCUGUUUACUUCUCUGUUUUGAGCUCAACCGUGAGUUCAAUCCAGGAUAGCGCGAAAGCAAGAGAGUUGGUCGAUGUCGACUUGAACACGUUACAGUCCGCGCAACAACUCUUCUCUUCCAUGAUCCAAAUCCUCUAUCAAUCGAAUUUUCUUGCCAAUCUGUCCCUUUACUCGGUUCAAGCGAUUGUCAUCUCAACUGAAGUUGCUCACAAUCUUGGACUCAGUCAGCUCAACGCAACCCUUUUCAACGCUGGAGUCCGUAUUGCUGAGUGUCUGGGAAUCCAUAAAAUCCAAGAUUACUCGUCAAAGCCCCCUCGAAGCAAGGAAGAAUGGGAGGACAAAGUGGAGCGAGAAGUUGGGAAGAGGGUCUGGUGCCAAAUGAUCAUCCAGGAUCAUUUCGCUAUUCCGUUCACAGACUCUUACAGCAUAUCCCCCAUGCAAUUUUCCACUAGCCGUCCGAUGAAUGCGGAUGAUCAUGAUAUGAGAGACAUGCCGAUCGGUCACCCCACCGUCAGCACGUACAUUCGCGUUUUGGUGAAUUUGGCAGAAUUGAUGCCCGGUUUGGUGGAUGGUUUCGGUCCGAUGAAGUCGAGGAAGCCAAUGCGACAACAAUACGAACAUAUCCUACAUAUCGAUCAGAAAAUGCGGACAGUCGUGAAAAACAUCCCAUCCUUCCUACUACGGCCAGACAAGGUCAAAGAAGAACAGAUAAAAUGGCUUGGCAUUGCUCGGCGAAGUCUCGCGAUCACCGCAGCAGAGAAAAUCAUCAUGAUCCAUCGCCCUUUCCUUUUCCGUUCUUUCAAAGACCAGACAUAUCAAUAUACAAGGCGAACAUGUGUUGCGGCCGCUAUGACUAUCUUGCGAGAGCAUGAAAUUAUUGUCAGAGAAGAGGAUAUCUCCAUUUGGACGCAUACUGCUUUUGCAAUUACAGCUGCUGUCAUAAUGUGCUUUGAAAUAAACGCAACAACCGAAGAUCAAAUCGACAUCGCUCAAGCCUACAGGGAAGCAAUCCAUGCAGCUCGCACCCGACUUGCGGCCCGAAAUAACGACGUGCUUGCUCAACGGGGCGUUGCUCUUAUCGAUGCAAUUUUCACCGCAGAUCCGUUCGCCGGAAUUUCAGGCCACCACCAAAAGUCGGUCGACUUCAGCCAAAUCCUCGCAAAAUUCUCGAGCUUCACACGACUGAAUUUAUCGCCUGAUACACCGGAGACAUCUGUCGGCAGAUUCUCUGAUAUAGACUCCGAAGAUGUCAUCGGUGCCCACUUCGAUCAGAUGCAACCUGCUUGGGACACGGCAGAGGACAUUGAUUUUGACGCGUGGUUUAAUGGGACAUUCCACUCUCUGCAAGACCCUCUAUGA